AUGAAUGACAUCUUCAAUUUCGACACUUCGAGAAAUUCUGAAACCUCUUUCGGUGGUAAGGUUAUUGUUUUUGGUGGAGAUUUUAGACAAGUACUUCCCGUUGUUCGAAAUGGUGGAAGACAAGAGACGGUGAACGCAUCAUUAAGUUCGUCGUAUUUGUGGAGUAAAUGUAAGGUGCUAACGUUGUCAAGGAAUAUGAGGUUAACCGUUGGAAGAUCUCCAUCCGAGAUUGAGGAAAUAAAUAGUUUUGCAAAGUGGCUUUUGGACAUAGGAGAGGGAAAUGUUGGUGGUCCUAAUGAUGGAGAAGCAACAAUUGAAGUGCCAUCUAAUCUUAUAAUCAAUGAUACUUCCGACCCCAUUUCCUGCCUGAUCGAAUUUGUUUAUCCUUCAAUUCUCGAUAACUUUAAUAGUCCUAAUUAUUUUAGUGAUAGGGCUAUACUUGCGCCGAAGAACGAGGUUGUCAACGAGAUUAACGAUAGGCUGUUAGCGUUGUUUCCCGGUGAAGAAAGAGAGUAUCUAAGCUCUGACCGUCUUUGUGCAACUGAAAAUGUAAGUUCAAUACAAGAAAGAUUAUACACACCGGAUGUUCUCAAUGGUCUUAAGGUUUCAGGCUUACCGAAUCAUCGGUUAGUGCUAAAAGUUGGUGUCCCAGUCAUGUUGUUACGUAACAUUGAUCAAAAAAAUGGUUUGUGCAAUGGAACAAGGUUGAAGGUUACAAAGUUGUAUAACCGUUUAAUAGAGGCUGAAAUAAUAUCUGGAGCUAACAUUGGUACUCGAACCUAUAUUCCCAGAAUUACUUUAGUACCUUCAGACAAGAAGAUUCCCUUUUCAUUUCAAAGAAGGCAAUUUCCGGUUGUUGUUUGCUUUGCUAUGACUAUCAAUAAAAGCCAAGGUCAAUCACUUUCUAGAGUUGGUCUGUACCUAAGACAACCGGUUUUCACCCACGGUCAGUUGUAUGUCGCGUUAUCGAGAGUUAGAACAAGAGACGGUGUUAAAAUGCUAAUACUGGACAAAGAUGGGAAGCCUACAAAUAAAACAACUAAUGUUGUGUAUAAAGAAAUAUUCAACGACUUAUGA